AAAAAUAAAAACGGAAAGUGGUGUCUUUUUAUGUUCCUUAAUUGGCUGAGGUGUCUUCCUCUUGGGUCACUCACUGUCUCUUCCUCUUUCUCUUCUAGGAAUUAUUAGUACAUUACAUUACUGUAAAUAAUGCAACACUUAGGGCUUCUGGUUUCCUCCCUUUCUGCUUAGAGCUCUAGUUUUAAUUACUGCCUUUUUGUUUCCAAAAUCAGAAAUGAAGAAGAAUAAGAACAGAAAAACAAAUAUGGUGAAACGGCGGUUAAAGAAGAUGUCCCGUCAAUUCUUCAAAAUUAUCUUAUUUCCUCAUUCUUCUAAAUUGCACAUCCCAGAUGAAUUUGUAAUGAAGUAUGGGGCCGAUCUGCGAGAUCUUGUUUUCCUUGAGGUCCCAACUGGCGCAAUAUGGGAAGUAAAAUUGCAAAACUCGAAUGGCAUGAAAUGGCUGAAGGAGGGCUGGAACAAGUUUAAGGAGUACUAUUCAAUUGGUUGCGGUUACUUCUUACUCUUUCAAUAUAAGGGAAAUUCUCAUUUCUCUGUCUUCAUAUUCGAUUUAAGUGCUUCUGAGAUUGAAUAUCCUUCUGGCCCAAAUGAAGAUAUAACACCAGAGAAGUUUGUAAAUUUAGUGGGUGAUGCUAGUCACAGGAAGAAGACACAAAAAAAUGCAUGUGAUGACGAUUUUCUGAGAAACAAGACUGCAAAAGUAGCAGAUCGUUCAUAUUCAGAAAGAGAAAAAUCUGUUAUUCAAGUAUCCCACCCUAGCUGUCCACCAGAAAGGCAGGAGCCUAACAGGGUGAAGCUUGAGAAACCAGAUGUGGAGGAGGAUUUGGAUUGUGCUACACAAAAUGAUAAGGAGAAACUUCUAAAACUUAACAUGGAGAAAAAUUUGUACUGUGCAGCAGAUAAAGGAAACGGGCACUGCAAUGAAGUACUAGAUCCCUCAGCCUCCAAGAUGGCAAACACUACCAAAUGCACUAAAAGGAAAUAUUCUAUCAGUUUGGAAGCAUCAGGUCGUAGUUAUCCUCUACGAAGUAAACAGGUGAAGCUUGAACAAUCCAAAGGAAAUGGGAGUCCUUCAUAUUCUGUAAAACAAAGAUCUUCCACUCCAGUACCCUGUUGCAGCUUACAAAGAUCUUCCACUCCAGUACCCUGUUGCGGUACUCAGUCAGAAAGAAAAGAGUCUACUGAGGUGCAGCUUGAGAAAGCAAACACGGAAGAGGAUUUCUGUUGUGCAGUGCAGCUUGAGAAAGCAAACUCGGAAGAGGAUCUCUGUUGUGUGCCAAAAGCAAAAAGGGUGGAAACUAACAUGGAAAAACUUGUAAAACAAGGGCACUGCAAUGAAGUACCAGUAGUGGUUGCCUUAGUUUCUAAGGUGACAACCAUUAAUCAGCAUAGUAAACAGAAAACUAUUACCAGUUUGGAUGCAUCAAUUUGUCGGUAUCCACUGCGAAGUAAGCAAGUGAAAGAUGUGAAGACUGAAAACGGAGGUGUAGAAGAGCACUGCAGCAAAAUACCCGUGGUGGAUCCGUCAGUAAUUAAGAAGACAACCACUAAUCAGCAUAGUAAACAGAAAACUACUACCAGUUUGGAUGCAUCAAUUUGUCGGUAUCCACUGCGAAGUAAGCAAGUGAAAGAUGUGAAGACUGAAAUCGGAGAUGUAGAAGAGCACUGCAGCAAAAUACCCGUGGUGGAUCCGUUAGUAAUUAAGAAGACAACCACUAAUCAACAUCAUGAAAAGAAAACUAGUGUCAGUUUGGAUACGUCACAUUGUAGGUAUCCACUGCGAAGCCAGCAACUGAAAGAGGUGAAGCUUGGAAAACCAAAUGCGGAAGAGGAUUUGCUUUCUGUAGCACAAAAAGCAAAAAUGAAGAAGGCUAACAAUGUGAAGCUUGAGAAAGGAGAUGUUGAAGAGUGCAACAAAGAAAUGCCAGUAGGGGAUCCCUCAACAACUAAGAAGAAGACCACUAAUCGACAUCAUCAAAAGAAAACUAGUUUCAGUUUGGAUACGUCACAUUGUAGGUAUCCACUGCGAAGCAAGCAAUUGGAUGAGGUAAAACUCGGACAAUGGGAAGCAGGAGGGAAUAUUCAUAAUAAAUUGCCCAAAAAAACAGUAGCAGCAGAUUCUUCGUAUUGCAAAACACAAAAUUCUGGUCUUCCAGCACCCUCUCGAAGUUUUAAGCCUAUCAGGGUUAAGCUUGAAAAACCAGACAAUUUAUUUUGUGCAGCAAAAAAAGCAGAAGGGAAGGAGACUAUCAAUGUGAAGCUUGAAACAGGAGAUAUGGAAGGGAAUUUGAAUAGCGCAUCUUAUAAAGGGACAGAUUCCACAUCCUCUGAGAUGACAAGACUUGGCAAGAAAAAGAUGUUACCCUCAGAGAAGCACAACUGGGGAAACUACUGCAAUCCACACUUCAUUGUUUCUAUGCAGCCCGCUUAUGUCUCUCAAAACUUCCAACUGGAUAUACCUGUUAACUUUUUCAAGAAAUAUAUCAGAGAGGAGGAGACUAUUGUCAAUCUACGAGUUUCUAAUGGGAGAAUUUGGCGUGCUAAGUUGUUUAACAUUCAAUCAAGUUGUGUAAAGAUCCAGGCAUCAGGAUGGAGAGACUUUGUGCUCGGCAACAGUUUAAAAGAGCAUGACACUUGUGUCUUCGAGCUGUUUGAAGACACCGAGCCGGUGCUAGAUGUGACAAUUUUCCGAGCCAUGACUCCUGCCUCCUGAAUGAUAGUCUCCCAUUUUGCAAGAAUGUGAUGGUUCUUUAGUUUCUAUCCAUCUUGAACUUUUUUGGAAGGUGUUAUAGACGAAGACUUAGCUCAAGAAUGUGACCUUUACUUUCUUAAGAUUGGGCUUAUGUGCAAUGCUUGGAUGAUAUGCCGUCUCCUUGCUUCUAUUUCCCAAGCGUACUAAGCAAUUGUCAGUCACUAUUAAAAACUUUACCUUGUUGAAGAAUUUCAUGAUACUGCAUUCACCUUUUGUCCCUAAAAAGCAUGUUUAUGUAUUAUUUUUGGGGAUCAUGCUGUUUUAAA